GCUCUACUUUGUUGAUGGCGUCUGGCAGAGGGUUGAACGCAGGUCGUCUCCGGACGAACUGAUCCCGCUGAAGUCAACGGUGAGCGACGCUUCUCACGCUUCUCCCCAAACACACCUGCGCAGGUCUCUUAUCCCGGACGUCUCGAUGGAGGUGGAGAGCGUCAGGAUGGAGGUGGAGGAUCAGCAGCUUCUGAUCCAGCGGAGGUUCGAUGCCGCCGUGAAAGUGAUCAAGAGUUUAGCCCCUGAUGGUCCCUUCCAGCCGUCCAAUGACAUGAUGCUGAAGUUCUACAGUUAUUAUAAGCAAGCAACCGUGGGUGCGUGCAAUAUACCCCGGCCCGGCUUCUGGGACGCAGUCGGCAAAGCAAAAUGGGAUUCUUGGGAUUCUCUUGGAAACAUGUCAAAAGAAGAAGCAAUGGUCGCCUACGUUGAUGAAAUGAAACUGAUCCUGGAGGGCAUGCCCAUGACGGAUGAGGUGGAGGAGCUCCUCCGCGUCCUCGGUCCGUUCUACGAGAUGAUCGAUGAGAAGAAGAAGAUCACACAGAUUUCCGACCUGAGCACAGCCCGUUUGACUCUGUUUGCUAGGCAGCUGGAAGGUUUUGGUUCGAUGCUGAAUUCAAUGCCAUCGAAGAGCAUCGCUAAGAGCAUCGUCAGAACCAUGGAGAUGAACGGCACUCUGGAGACUCGGCCCGCCAGGCUCAAACCAAAGGAAGUGAAGGAAAGGCCAGAGGAAGAAGCACAACAGGAAGAUGAAGAUGAGGAUGAGGAGGAGGAGGAUGACAGUGACGAUGAGGAGGAGGAGGAGGAUGAGGAAGAAGAAGAAGAAGGAAUAAGGGAGGUUAGAAAAGAUUUGAUUUCAGACAAAAAAUCUGCAGCUUCUCAUCCAAAGAAGAAGAGUUCAGCCCGGAGACACAAGGGGCCGCUGUCAAAUGGAAAAGUGGCGAACGGAGUCGCCCAUCUGACCAAUGGGAGUCAUUCCCUGAAUGGUGUCCACGCCCCAGGGGGUCCAACGGGCGAGCCUCUGCUCAACGGUCAACAUGCGGAUCCCAGAGCCGACGUGUCUGGUCCCCAUCACGUGGCCAGUGACUCAGACAGUGAAGUCUACUGCGACUCCGUGGACCAGUUUGGCCAGGAAGAGAACCCCGACCAUAACGAGUCCCUGGCUGACCUGGAUGAAGAGGAGAACCAUGCGCUGCAGCCACUGGAGGCAGCACAGGGAAUCCAGGAGGAGGUGCAGGGACCACCACAGGCCAUCAGGUGUGGAGGAGAAGACGGAGAAACCAGUGGGACGAUGUCACAGGGGCAGAAACUGGAAUCAGACAUGCCAGACAGCUCAGUGGUCAGAGGAGGACGAGGCUCCAGGUCUGCAUGCCGCAGCUCUGGAGCACUGAUGCCCACGCACGGUGGUGGAGAUGGAGACCGUGGCCGCUGGGGGGGGGCAGCCACACCUGCGGGGAACCUGAAUGAGCAGAUCGUGGUGGCGCUGGCCCGACUGCAGGAGGACAUGCAGAGCGUCCUGGAGAGGCUGCACACGCUGGAGGCUCUGUCUUCCAGUCAGGCAAGACCAAUGGCUCUGUCUCCAACUUACCCAUCAUCCCCAGUGACUAAGAGGAGUCAGAAGCCAUCCUGGUGGCCUUUUGACAUCUCUCCGACCAGUGUGGCCUUCGCUGUGAUUUGGCCGUUUGUGGUGCAGUGGCUUAUCCGCCUCCUGCUGCAGAGGAGUAGAAGACGAAUCAACUGAACCUUCCUCCAUUGUAGCCGCCCCCCCCUCCUGCUUCGACCCACAGCCCAAGUAAUUUGUUUUUGCACUAAGAAGAAUGCACCUAGAGUAACGAGUGGGAGGACGAUGUCUCCCGAGUGAGUCGUACUGUGGAUGUGGAAUAAAAAGAAACCUGAAUGUGUGGCCUCUAGAGCCUUUGAUCAUAAAACACGAUACCACUCUUACUGGAAUCUUCUCUGCAAGAAAGAAACGGUUUGUGUUGCUAGGGACACAGUCGGGAUAUUGUCCGCGUGUCCAGACACCAACUGCAGCGGCUCCUCCGUUUUCCCCCCUAACCCAAGGCUCUGCUGCACAAUGAAAGGCCUGAUACUUUUGCUGGUGUAAGCGUAGCGCUUAAUGUGGUGAAAUAAAUUUUAACUGUUCACUUUUAUUAGUUGCCCAGGCAAUGCUGCUAUGAUAUAUCUGUAGCCUAGAAGGGAGUAUUGAAUGUAAUAAUAUAUUGAUGUGUGAGAUUCUUUUUAAUUGUGAGGAUAAGUUAUUUAUUGCUUUUUAGACAAAUGUGAGAAGAGAAGGCGUCGCUGGGCAGAUUCCAGCGGCGUCGGUUUAGAUUUAAAGUGUUUUCAUCGCCCGUCCUUCAGCACAUCAAUCUGUUCCCAAAUAGAGAAAGUGCCUCAACAUCACAGGUACAUUCAAAGGUGGCAUUAUGAUAUCAUACAUUCUCAUAUUGUCGCAUAACUGUUUGUAUUUCUGGACCAAUUUAACUUUAAUCAAACUACCUAGUGAGCCAGGAGCCAGAUAUGUGAUUAUUAACACUCGUCACUGUCCGUGUUGUUUAUGCCGCGAUGUUCCGUCUAUUGUUUAAUUUAAAUGUGUGAUUUGUUUGUAUGAAUAUUGUGGAAAGAUUUUUGGAUUUGAUGUUAAUCAUGAAGUGAUAGCAAAGCAUUAAGAUCUGUACAAAUUGUAUACAAUAUCUGUACAGUUAAAAUGAUUAAAAUGCAAUAUUUUAAUUGCAUUCCUGUGUAUUAUUAACAUAGAAUAUUAUAUCAUAUUUACAAAGGUUUGCAUCUGCAGCAGCAUCAGUCUCUGCAGAGCCUUUAUGUUUUAAUAAAAGAAGUAAUAGUUUAACUUUCUACUGAAAUGUGUGAAGGCUUUCUCACCCUCUCUGCCUGUGGACAGAGUGGUGUCUGCAUGUGAUCAUCUUAACGAGCGGAAAAUAAAGUUUUCAUAAAGCGUU